AUGGCCUCUGCCAGGAUGUACUUUAUAACGAGAUGCAUUUUAAUAUCCAUGAUUUGGAAGAGCAACCGGGCUCUUUUAUGUCUGCCGUGUGAUGAAUCUAAAUGCGAGGAGCCAAAGCAUUGCUCUGGCGCCGUGGUGCUCGGUAUCUGCGGCUGCUGCUCCGUCUGCGCCAAACAGAAAAACGAGAGCUGCGGUGGUGUCUACGGUCUGUACGGGACUUGUGACCGGGGGCUCCGGUGCGUGAUCAGACCGCCGCUGAACGGUGGAUCCAUCACGCAGUAUGAAGUCGGAGUCUGUGAAGAUGAAAACUGGGACGACGACCAGUUGUUGGGAUUUGAGCCCUGCAACGAGAACCUGAUCACGGGCUGCAACAUCAUUGAUGGGAAGUGUGAGUGUGACAGCAUACGGACCUGCAACAACCCCUUUGAGUUCCCCAGCCAGGACGCAUGCCAGACCGCUCUGAGGAAGAUUGAAGAGGAGCGGCCUGACUGUUCCAAGGCGCGGUGUGAGGUGCAGUUCUCACCCCGCUGCCCUGAGGACUCGGUGCUAAUCGAAGGCUACGCACCCCCUGGAGAGUGCUGUCCCCUGCCCAGCCGCUGUGUCUGCAGCCCUGCAGGGUGCCUGAGGAAGGUGUGCCAGCCUGGAUACCUCAACAUCCUGGUGUCCAAGGGCUCUGGGAAGCCUGGAGAAUGCUGCGAUCUAUACGAGUGCAAACCAGUGUUUAGUGUGGACUGCAGCACAGUGGAGUGCCCUCGUGUCCAGCAGAUUCAGUGUCCACCUGACAGCUAUGAGACCCAGGUGCGUCUCACCGCAGACGGCUGCUGCACCCUUCCCACCAGGUGUGAGUGUUUGCCCGGCCUGUGUAGGUUCCCGCAAUGCACUGCCGGGAGCUCCCCCGAGGUGGUCUUCCACGGCAACGGUAACCCCGGGCAAUGCUGUGAUGUGUACGAGUGCAUCAACGAGACCAAACCAGCGUGCAGCUUCAACGGGUCGGAGUACCAUGACGGAGACAUGUUCCGAAUGGACGCCUGCCGCUUCUGUCGAUGUCAGGGAGGGGUGUCGGUGUGCUUCACCGCCCAGUGUGGCAUCCUGCACUGUGAACGCUACUACGUCCCCGAGAGGGAGUGCUGCCCUGUCUGUGAAGACCCCAUCUACCCAGUGCUGAACUUUGCCGGUUGCUACGUGAGCGGGGAGAUCCUCGCACACGGAGACCACUGGCGUGAAGACGACUGUACGUUCUGCCAGUGUGUGAGCGGCAAUGCCCGGUGUGUGGCUGCCGCCUGCGGGCACAGCUGCCUCAACCCUGUGACUGUACCAGGAGAGUGCUGCCCAGUGUGUGAGGAGCCCACCUACAUCACGAUGGCGCCCCCUACCUGUCAGUCAUUAGAGAACUGCUCCCUGUCAGAGAAGGACUGCUUAUACGGAUUCCGACAGAACCUGAACAGCUGUCGCACCUGCCACUGCAAGACACGAGAAGAGCUGUGCAGUGCCCUGACCUCUGACUGUACCCUGAAGUGUCCAUUCGGCCUGCAGACAGAUGCCCACGGCUGUGACGUAUGUCAGUGUCGCCCCAGACCCAAGAAGUGUAAGGCUGUGGUUUGUGACAAGGCCUGCCCCUUCGGAUUCAUAAAGAACAAGCAUGGUUGUGACAUCUGCCGCUGUAAGAAGUGUCCAGAGUUACCUUGUGACAAACCCUGUCCAAUGGGCUUCCAGCAGGACGAGUUGGGCUGCCUGAAGUGCCAGUGCAGAGACCAGAGCUCCUCAUCAGUCGCCCCAUCAGUGAAAAAGGGCUCAUGUCUGUCCAUGGAUGGAAGACGGCACGAGAAUGGGGAGAACUGGCACGAUGGCUGCCGGGACUGUUACUGCCACAGUGGCAGGGAGAUGUGUACCCUCAUCUCAUGCCCCGUGCCAGCCUGCGACAGCCCUGCCAUACGGACUGGACAGUGCUGCCCAUCCUGCCCAGAUGAGCCUAGCUCCCACAAGCCAGACCUGGGGGACUCGUCAGUGUGCCUGGCCCCUGGGGGAGAGUACUUUGUGGAGGGGGAGACGUGGAACAUCGACGCCUGCACCCAGUGCACCUGUCACAGUGGGCGUGUCCUGUGUGAGACAGAGGUGUGCCCGCCCUUGCUCUGCCAGAGCCCAAUCAGAACGCAAGACUCCUGCUGCCCUCACUGCCCAGACGAGCCCAUCACUCCCCAAUCUCCCAGUAAUGACAGCAUGCCCAGCUACUGCAGGAACGAGGAGGGAGACAUCUUCCUGGCCGCAGAGUCCUGGAAGCCCAACACCUGCUCCAGCUGUGUGUGUCUGGACGGUCAGAUCAGCUGCUUCUCAGAGUCCUGCCCACCUGUUGGCUGUGCCAGGCCCGUGCUACGCAAAGGACAGUGCUGCCCCUAUUGCCUCGAUGCCACACCGCGAGCCGUGUGCCACUUCAAUGGGAAGACAUAUGCAGACGAGGAGCGCUGGGACAUAGACAGCUGUACACACUGCUACUGCCUUCAGGGACAGACCCUCUGCUCUACUGUCAGCUGCCCCGCCCUGCCUUGCCACCAACCCACCAUAGUGGAGGGCAGCUGCUGCCCCAUGUGUUCAGAGAUGUACGCACCAGCCCCCACCAACGUGCCCAUCGAGAAGACAGACCAGCAUGGAGACAAGAACCAGCCUGCCUGGCCCACACGCAGUGAAAAUGACAUCAUGCCCCAGUUCAGAGGGGACUUUGGUAGUCUCCAAAUGCCCUAUCUGGAUGGGAAGACCCCAGUUCCCAGUGAGGACACCAAACUGCACUCUGUGGCUUGGGUGGCACUGCCCAUCGUCAUGAUGCUCUUCACCAUCACAGCUCUGCUCUACGUCAACCAGAAGAAGCAGUGGAUCCCUGUGCUCUGCUAUCGCACCCCCACUAAGCCCACCUGCCUCAACAACCAGCUGGUGUAUGUGGACUGCCAGAAAGGUACCAAGGUGCAGGUGGACAGUUCGCAGCGCAUGCUCCGGAUCGCCGACCCUGAUUCUAGGUACAGCGGUUACUACAGCAUGCAGAAACAAAACAACUUCAACAACCUGCAGGCCGACAACUUCUACCAGACUCAGUGAGACAGACUGGCCUCGCCUCGCGUCCUGUACUCAGCAGUCAGCAAGCAGCCAAAACCAGAGAGAGAGAGAGAGAGAGAGAAUGAGAGAGCACCUUACCUACAGUACCUUCAGAACAACUAUGACUUACCACAGACAGACAAAGACAUGUCACCAAACCUAUAAGAUGACAAGAUCACUAGCAAACUAGCAAAGAUCACUCCAAACAAAAAAAGAACAGACAGACAAUUGACAAUGUCCUCAAGAUUAAUAACAAACCAAACAAAAUAGAAUAGCAUUAGGAUUAUGAUGACACAAUGGGAGAACCAGAAUCUAGACUUUCCCUAGAUUAUUAUAAUAAAACAUGAUUGUGUGUGUGUGUGUGUGUGUGUGUGUGUGUGUGUGUGUGUGUGUGUGUGUGUGUGUGUGUGUGUGUGUGUGUGUGUGUGUGUGUGUGUGUGUGUGUGUGUGUGUGUGUGUGUGUGUGUGUGUGGUGUAUGUGUGUGUGUAAAGUUAGAUAUGAAGCUUUGGGAUUAGGACAAACUGGGUAUUUUUCAAGCUAUGGUAUUUUCCUGCAUUCCUGCUUCCUUGAAAAAGGCCUUUGAAGAGAUAAACCGAAUAAUCCAAGCUAUUGUUUUCUGUUGAACACUGAACUUUUAGAACCAAAGCUCCUCUGACUGUCAAAUAAAAAUCACACCCUGUGAGAGCGAGGCUAGAGGAACGCUGUGGCCUGUCUGAGCUGAGCUAAGCCAUGGCAGGACGGACUGACGACUGCCGGACUUCAUGUGGCGACUCGUUCAUUCUCGAAAGAGAAUGAACGAAGGAAAGAAAGAGAGGUCAGACACCGUAGACCCCAUCACAGACAGACACCUCUCUCAGGUCUGUUCAAGCUGGACUAUUCCUCCCUUCUUUCCUUCCUCUUUUCCUCCCCUCCUUUGAAAACGUCAAAAUUGGCUAGUUGUCUUUUCUUUUCCUGUGGAACGUCACCUGUUGGAAAGGAAGUGGACAGAAAGAAAGAAGCGCCACUCGCUCCGUCACCAGGCGGUUGUUCUCCCUGGUCAGUCGUUUGGAUUUCUAAUAUCUGUUUAUUUUCCUUGGAUGUUCUCAUUUUCCUCGUCAUUUUCAAAUCUCCGUCAUAAUUUGGCUAAAUGUAUUUAACAUCAAAGGACAAGUUGACUUUCACUCACUCCACACAAUGGUGUCUUUUAUUUUGGAUAAAGAAGAAAGGGGUUCCUGGUUGAUAAAGGCAGGAUGAAACGAGUGUAUUUCUUGAGGACUUGCGCAUAUGCUUUAUAAGUGCUGCUUUGCUUCUGUAAGUCUGUUUUCCACUGAGUCACACACACAUAGAGAUACUCUUUGGCUUCUUUAGGAAACACUGAGAAUACAAGGAAACAUAGUAUCAUCGACUAUGUUCAAAUGUCUUUUCUCUUGGGGUCUCUGAAGACGAGCUACGGUAAAAGUAGCUCUUUGAUAUUUUUCCUCCUUCCUUUUGUUUUGUUUUACUAACAAGUCUCCUCUUCUGGAGGCUGUUGCACAUCACCUCGUUUUACCCAAGCACCUUUGUUAUUUUAGUCUUUGCAACAAACAAAAAAAAUUGGUUUCAAACAUUAUAGGAACACUUAUGUACAUAUUACUGCAACAGAUGAAAAUAUUGUGUGACUAUAUAUGUAUGUAUGUUGUGUAUGCAUGUAUGUACGUGUGUCAACACACAUUCAUACAUAAAAGGUUUGUUUUCUUCACAUAUACAUUUCUCCAUUCAUUUCCUAUUGAAUGUAUUUAUGAUUGAGAAAAGAGAUGUGAUGUAAUAAUGGCACACUUGAUGAGAACUAGCAUUCCAUUUGCCUUGUUUGUUUGAAAAAAAGUCAAAAAGAGGAGUGAUAGAGACAGGACGGAAAAAAGACGAACGUCAAUCUUUUUUUCUCAUUUAUUUGAUGUCAAAUUUUUUUUUAAACUCAUUGUAUGUCCAUGAGGGCUUUGUUUGAUUGGUCUGUGAGUUCCCUAUCUAUUUGUGUCAAUAUGCUUCCCUGAAUGAAGCAAUGUCCAAAAUGCCAACCAUAUAAUGACAAGUGAGUUCUGGGCUGAGCAGUACCAGGCUCUCUCAAUCUUUUAUUCUUCUCUUUCAUUUGCUUCUGAUGUCAAAACUACUGGAAAGUGGGUGGACAUAAGCUCUGGGAGAGAGGGUGGGAUGGAGGGAUGGAAGAAGGGAGGGGUAGUAGUCGACUUGUGAUAGUUUGUCUUGGGUGUAUCUUAAUCUGUCUGACAAAAAUGUACGUAGAAUCAUACAUCUUGGCACUUUUAUAUAGAAAAUAACCUCUUGGUGUUUUUUUAAUUUUAUUUUUGUUUUUACAAAUACUUUUCUUUGAAAUAGGUGCCCUUAGUUUUUUUCUGAGCCCUGUGAGAUCCAGUGUUACAAAUUAGGUUCCAGUUGCUUCUGAAUAUUUGAUCUGCAAAACCACAACUUAAAACUCUGCAUAAUAGUGUGUUUAAUGUAGAACUGUAAAAUUGGAAUGUGAUACAAGACGAGGCAACUGUGUGCUUUAGGACCAUGCGGAUACCACCGAGCGGUCGGGUAGGCUGUUUGGAGUGUUUAUCCGACUGGAUAAAAAAAUACAAAAUAAAUUAUACCCCCCCCCUCUUCUAAAACCAAAGUUGCGCCUCUGAUUUCUGAUGAGAGGGAGAAAUAUUUAACUUUCAAAGCAGUUAUUGCAACUGAAGCUUGCUCUUGUUCUAAGUUUUCUCCAAACAUAGGACAAACAUACUCAAAUAUAUUGUAUAACCAACAGCUACUGUAUGUUUUCAAAGAACAGUUGAUUGGUUCGAUUCUCCAACCUAUUAUGCAGCUCUAUCAUCUGGACACAAACCACGUUAUUCAAACCCCACUUAAAAUCCACAUAAAUUGAGAUCGUUGAUGUGAUGAAUAAUAGUGAUUGAUUUGGUUAUGUUCUAUUGUACACACACGUCACCUUUGACUGGCUGAGUUCUUAUAUGACUUGGCUGUAGGUUGCAGGACAUGGCUCUACAACUCUUGGUUGAGUAAAGUGCUACUACAAGAUAAGCAUCUUAUUCACAAUGGGUCUUACAGGGUGAAAUCUUUGGUAUCUUUCAGUGCAUCCUCCAAGUAUUGUUGUAAAUACUUGAGCAUCACUUGCCAAAUCAAAAAUAAACACACAAAAAACAUGGUUGGAAAGAAAGAGAGAGAAAAAAUACAAUUUAAUUUAUUGUGUUAAAUGACCGAAAUAAUUUAUUAAUGAGUAAGGUAAUUGAACAUGAACAUAAUAGGAGAUGAAAUGAUAAUGCAGCUGGAAAUUGUGAAACUGUUUUGGUGUUGUGUUGGUCUCAAAGAGCGUUUAAAUAAGUUUGUACUUUAGGCAGGUGGAAAAGUUGGAGGAUCACAAGCUUCCUCAUCUUUAAUCAGGGUUUUUGGACACCUAUGGACCUGCCUGAUCCCAGGUCUGCUUUGUGCUGUCUUGCCAACUUCUAUGGUCAUUGUCAUUGCACUUUAAUUGUCACGCAGUGUGAUAACGACCAUAUGAGUUGGCUAGCUAGACAACACGAACAGAUCUGGGAUCAGGCUAGAUCUGUCUUGUCCACGCACAAAAGCCUGACGUCCUGAUGAGCCUGUUCCUUCUGUCCCAAUAAAGAUAGCCCUUUGAGAUGGGAGGGAUAUCUCUCUGUCCCCAUUCUUUCCCUCUACUCCUUUCAUUUACACAACUGCCAAUCCCCUUUAUAGGCUGUAUAGUACCGUUGUUUUAUGCUUAUGUCGAAAAUAACAUGUUGAUAUUGAUAAUGAUGAUAUUGCAAAAACAAGAUCCAUAAAGAGUGAUAGAUAAAGACGUGGUUCUGAAUUUCCCGUAGCAACAGCGGAUUCUUUUGCAGGUUCCUGUAUUGUUUUUGUUUCUUUCUUUGCAGCACAAUAAAUCAUUUGAAAACAGA